AUACUUCUAUGUUCAUUUGGCCUGGUUGCAAAUGGCCUUCGCCGUCUGAGGUCAGCCCCUCCAUGGCCUGCUCCUCCACUCCGCACUAAAUGCUGCGCCUAUCCUUCGGGUGAUUCCGUCUCACCCAGAAUCUUGAAGAUGCCAGAAACUUUCUGCACACUGGCCCCAGACGUCUCUUAAUUAGGCAUUCCUUUGGCUGUCAGAUGUCAAAACGGUGCCCACGUCCAAGUUAUCGGGGAUCAUGUUGACGCCCACCUGGACUGGGUUUCGGGUUCACUCAUCCCGGUUCCGCCACGGAGGCCUACGAAGAGAGCAUGUACAGGCCUCUUGAUUCCCAGAGCGUACUCAUCCUCAGUUAUCCCGGCCGCCGCAAGCCUGGCAACUGCAAGACCUCGGUCCUCAAAGCAAAGGGGCGGUGACCGCUCUGAGCAAGGAUCUCGCGAGACUUUGGCAGAUCUGUUGGGAGGCUACGCUCCCUCAGAUCUCGCGAGACUCCGGGACGCGCUCUAGGAACCUGGAAGGUGGGCGGGCAGACCGGAGCCAGCAAGAUGGCGGCGCAGGCUAUAUCACUCCUGCGGGAGGUGGCGCGGCUGGAGGCGCCACUGGAGGAGCUGCGUGCGCUGCAGUCCGUGGUGCAGGCUGUGCCGCUCCACGAGCUUCGCGAGCAGGCGGCGGAGCUACGCCUUCGCCCGCUGUUCUCCUUGCUUAACCAGAACAAUCGGGAACAGACUGCUCUGUGUGUAUCCAUUCUGGAGAGGUUGCUCCAGGCAGUGGAACCAAUUCAUUUGGCCAGGAACCUCAGGCUUGACCUGCAGAGGGGACUGACUCACCCUGAUGACUCUGUAAAAACCCUCACCCUCUCCCAGAUUGGGAGGAUUGUUGAGGAUUCGGAAGCUGUUACUGAGGUCCUGAGUAAUGCUGAACUCCUGAAGCAAGUUGUCUGCUGCAUUGGUGGAGAGAAUUUAUCUGUGGCUAAAGCGGCUAUCAAAUCCCUGUCAAGAAUAUCACUAACCCAAGCUGGACUGGAAGCUCUAUUUGAAAGUAAUUUGCUGGACGAUUUGAAAAAUGUCAUGAAAACAAAUGAUGUUGUUCGAUACAGGGUGUAUGAGCUAAUUAUAGAUAUUUCUUCUGUGUCAUCAGAAUCGUUAAACUACUGUACCACAAGUGGACUGGUGACCCAGCUCCUGAGAGAGCUGACGGGUGAGGACGUGUUAGUCAGAGCCACCUGUAUCGAAAUGGUGACAUCACUAGCAUAUACCCAUCAUGGACGACAAUACCUGGCUCAAGAAGGAGUCAUUGACCAGAUAUCCAAUAUAAUUGUUGGUGCAGAUUCAGACCCUUUCUCUGGCUUCUAUCUGCCAGGAUUUGUGAAGUUUUUUGGAAACCUGGCUGUCAUGGAUAGUCCUCAGCAGAUCUGUGAGCGCUACCCUGUCUUUCUGGAGAAAGUGUUUGCAAUGGCAGACAGUCAAGACCCCACUAUGAUUGGUGUGGCUGUAGACACAGUUGGAAUCCUGGGAUCCAGUAUUGAAGGGAAACAAGUUUUACAGAAGACAGGAACCCGCUUUGAACGCCUCCUCACGAGAAUAGGUUAUCAAGCAAAGAAUGCUUCCACAGAGCUGAAAAUUAGGUGCUUGGAUGCAGUUUCCUCUCUUCUGUACCUAUCACCUGAGCAGCAGACUGAUGACUUCCUGGGAAUGACAGAGUCCUGGUUUUCCUCCUUGUCUCGAGAUUCCCUGGAGCUCUUCCGUGGUAUCAGUAACCAGCCCUUCCCUGAACUACACUGUGCUGCCUUGAAAGUGUUCACAGCUAUUGCAAACCAACCCUGGGCUCAGAAACUUAUGUUUAACAGUCCAGGUUUUGUGGAGUUUGUGAUGGACCGGUCUGUGGAACAUGACAAAACUUCAAAGGAUGCGAAAUACGAACUGGUAAAAGCGCUCGCCAAUUCCAAGACAGUUGCAGAGAUCUUUGGGAACUCAAAUUAUUUGAGGCUCAGAACGUACCUAAGUGAAGGGCCAUACUACGUGAAGCCUGUUGCCACAACAGCCGUAGAAGGAGCUGACUGAUUCCGUCUAAGACAGACCAGAAUUUCUCAAGGUAAAUGAUUCCAUCCAUGCUCCACUCCGCAGGACGUCUGCCUUCCCAGAGCUGUCAUGGAGUGUCGGACACAGUCUUACCAUCAGCAGUGUCGUUCCUACUUAAAUGCUGUGUGGACCUGGUGCUUGGAACAUAGCGAAAGCAGCAGGAGCCUAAGAGCACUCAAGCUUUUCUGAGUCCUCUGGCUACUGGAGUCUUUGCUGCAAGGUCAAAGACUGGUUUCUCAAAGUUUCCAUGGGUACACUCUUGACCUUGUUUAAAACUAAAAUGAAGCCAAAAUGAUUCUGGAUUCUCUUUACCACAUUUUCUUUUUCCUUAUCUGAUUUUGCCUCAAAAUCUUGGGUAGUCUUUAAAAACUAAGUCAUUUAGAAUCAUCGGAUUGUAUUAUUUGUAUACAGGAAUAAAUAGUUUUAAUAAGAUUUCUUGGUUACUUUUCCUUUGAAAAUAAAUUAAAACUUGUUUGGCAUUGGUA